UGAUGCCAUGCCCCGCAACCACGGCGGCGGCGAGGAGGGCGGCUCCGCGGGGCUCUGGGUGAAGAGCGGCGCGGCGGCGGGCAUGAAGGAUGUGGAGUCGGGCCGGGGCAGGGCGCUGGCGAGCGCGGCGGCCCGCGGCGACGGCCUGCUGCUGCUGGGCACCGCCGGCGGCGCGGCCGCCCCCGCCGGGCUGCGGGAGGGCCGCCGAGGGAAGCACGGCGCCCGCAUGAGCCUGCUGGGCAAGCCGCUGUCGUACAGCAGCGGGCCGAGCUGUCGCAGGAACGCCAAGUACCGCCGGCUGCAGAACUACCUGUACAACGUGCUGGAGCGGCCCCGCGGCUGGGCCUUCGUCUACCACGCCUUCGUUUUUCUCCUUGUGUUUGGUUGCUUGAUUUUGUCCGUGUUUUCCACUAUUCCUGAACACACAAAACUUGCCUCUGGUUGUCUCUUCAUUUUGGAAUUUGUCAUGAUUGUUGUCUUUGGUUUGGAAUUUAUUAUUCGUAUUUGGUCUGCUGGAUGCUGUUGUCGAUAUCGAGGAUGGCAAGGAAGGCUGCGCUUUGCAAGGAAACCGUUCUGUGUAAUAGACAUCAUUGUUCUCAUCGCUUCAAUAGCAGUUGUUUCUGCAAAAACUCAGGGUAACAUUUUUGCAACAUCAGCACUGAGAAGUCUUCGUUUCCUACAGAUCCUUCGUAUGGUGCGCAUGGACCGAAGAGGAGGCACUUGGAAAUUAUUAGGUUCAGUAGUUUAUGCACACAGCAAGGAAUUAAUCACAGCCUGGUACAUAGGAUUUUUAGUACUCAUCUUUUCAUCUUUCCUGGUUUAUCUGGUGGAAAAAGAUGCAAAUAAUCAGUUCUCCACAUAUGCAGAUGCUCUGUGGUGGGGCACAAUCACAUUGACAACCAUUGGCUAUGGAGACAAAACUCCUCUUACUUGGCUUGGAAGGCUGCUUUCUGCAGGAUUUGCUCUACUUGGCAUUUCUUUCUUUGCACUACCUGCCGGCAUCCUUGGUUCAGGAUUUGCAUUAAAAGUGCAGGAACAGCAUCGUCAGAAACACUUUGAGAAAAGAAGGAAUCCAGCUGCCAGUCUAAUUCAGUGUGUAUGGCGUAGUUAUGCGGCUGAUGAGAAAUCGGUUUCCAUUGCUACCUGGAAGCCUCAUUUGAAGGCCUUGCAUACCUGCAGCCCUACAAAAAAAGAACAAGGGGAAGCUUCUAGCAGUCAAAAGUUGAGUUUCAAAGAGCGGGUCCGGAUGGCCAGCCCACGGGGUCAGAGCAUAAAGAACAGGCAGUCUUCAGUUGGAGACCGCCGGUCCCCCAGCGCCGACAUCGCCACGGAGGGCAGCCCCACCAAAGUGCAGAAGAGCUGGAGCUUCAAUGACCGAACCCGCUUCAGGCCCUCGCUGCGGCUGAAGAGCUCACAGCCCAAACCUGUGGUGGACGCUGACACCAGCCUUGGAACAGAUGAUGUUUAUGAUGAUAAAGGGUGCCAGUGUGAUGUAUCAGUAGAAGAUCUCACCCCUGCUCUUAAAACUGUCAUCAGAGCAAUCAGGAUUAUGAAAUUUCACGUUGCAAAGAGAAAGUUUAAGGAAACACUUCGUCCAUAUGAUGUCAAAGAUGUCAUUGAACAAUAUUCAGCAGGCCAUCUAGACAUGUUAUGCAGGAUCAAGAGUCUACAGUCACGCGUUGACCAAAUUCUUGGGAAAGGACAGAUCACAGCAGAUAAAAGAAGCAGAGAAAAGAAUACGGCAGAGAAUGAGACAACUGAUGACCUCAGUAUGUUAGGGCGUGUAGUGAAGGUGGAAAAACAGGUACAAUCCAUUGAGUCAAAACUGGACUGUCUGUUAGAUAUUUAUCAACAAGUUUUGCGAAAAGGAUCUGCAUCAGCGCUCACUUUGGCUUCAUUUCAAAUGCCAGCUUUCGAGUGUGAGCAGACUUCUGAUUAUCAAAGUCCAUCGGACAGCAAAGAUUUGUCUAAUUCUGCACAAAUUAGUGGAUGUGUAUCCAGAUCAGCCAGUGCCAAUCUGCCUCGUGGCCUACAGCUUAUACUGACACCAAAUGAAUUUAGCACUCAGGCUUACUAUGCUUUUAGUCCAGCUAUGCAUAGUCAAGCAACGCAAGUGCCAAACGAUGGACCUACAACAGCUAAUAACACAUCAAACCAAAUAAACCAGGCAACUAAGCCAGCAACUCCAACAACAUUACAAAUACCACCUUUCUCAUCAAUGAAGCAUAUUAAUAGGCCUGAGCCCGUUCACAUUAUUCCUGUAACCACGCAGGAAAAUAUUUCUGAUGUCACCGCUUGCCUUGUUGCAUCAAAGGAUAAUGGACAAGUUGCGCAGCCCAGUGCUACAAAGGAUCUUGCAUGGAGAAAAGGUCUGGAUACAGAAGGGGAACCUUUGCUCUCAGUUAAACCUGUGGUGCAAAUGGAUUUAGGAAAAUCUUUAUCUGUACAAAACCUUAUACAAUCAACAGAGGAACUUAAUGUACAGAUUACUGGCAGUGACUCCAGUGGUUCAAGAGGUAGCCAAGACGUGUACUCCAAAUGGAGGGAGUCAAAAUUAUUUAUAACUGAUGAAGAGUUGGAGACAGAGGCAGGAACAGAGACUACUGAAGCCAUCUCUCGACCAUUAGUGGAAACAACUCUCUCUACUGACUCUAUAAGGACUGGAAUAUCAAGAUCAUCUCAAAAUAUUUGCAAGCCAGGGGACGGUACAGAAGCACUCAGUCUGCUCCAUGUCAAACUUAAAUAACAGCUUGUGGGCUUUCUUCAUUGACUGGGUCAUUCCUCUAGUCAUACAUAUCAUAGCAUGAACUGUUUUGAAAGCCUUUUUAAUAAGAUAAAAUCACAAAAAUCAGGAUGAAUCUGAAAAGCAGUUGAAUGAGCCCAUAUCUUCUAGUUGCAUGAAAAUGCAUGUUUAAGUGAUGGCUAAAAUUCAGAUUUAUACCUACAGUACAGCAGCCUUUCAUGUAGUACGGUAGGUUUAAAUAAAGAGUUGCCUACAAAGCUAAUGCUGCAGGAUAUAUCAAAAAGCAAAAAUUUGAGCAUUUAGACCUAGUGCCGUUUCUACAAGGCAGAAGUAAAAAACGUAAGUUUUAAAGCACUUUGCUUCUGAACUAAUUAAAUAUAUAUAUGUCCUGAUUUAACGAUAGUUUAUGUUUACAACAAAAAAUUAUCUACAGCUGCUAGCAAGGUACCAAGGAAACCAGAUAUAUGGGAUUAGAAAUGGCUGCCAGUUGCAAGAUACACACAUGAGCUCAUCAGCAAUCAGUUAUUUUUAACUCGGAAAAACAGUAUGUUGAUAUCCAUCCGAUUUUUGGUGAUUUAGUGUUGUGACAAAACUACCCGACACACUACUGUCACAUUGUUCUUUAUAACAAGAACGCUGUUUUGUUACAAAAAGUUUGUAUUGUAAGGGUCGGGGCUGGCCUCAAAAGUGGGUAAUUUGGGUGACUGCACUAAGAAUUCAGGGGAAUCUCUCCUUCUUCCAGUCUCAUUGAGGAGCUGUCUCGUAAAUCCUAAACAUUUUGGCAGCAGUACGUGAGGGAAAGGCGCAGACACUGCCUUCGUUGCAGA